AUGUUAAGCAACACUAAAAACCAAUUUGAACAAAAAAUCUAUGUUGUAAUUUGUAAUUUUUCGUCACCCUCCACAUCUUUGGAAGACAACAAAAAUUUAAAAGAAAAUUUAAAAAAUGCAAUAAAAAUUCAACAAAAUUCUUCCAAAAUAAAUUUUUUAAAUUUAUUUAUUGGUGAUUUAAUCAAAAUAAUUUCGUUUAAUGGAGAAUGGUGUUUUGGCUAUCGAUUGGAAGAACCUGAACAACGUGGAAUUUUUCCAUCAAUUUUUGUACAGGAAAUAAUGAUUAAUAAUAAUAAUAAAAUACAAACAUUUUUUAAUGUUGGGGAAGGAAAAAAUAAUAAAAAUUUGACUGAUGAAAAGGAGGUUGGAAGGUUGGCUUGUGAUAUUAGCGAGGCAUUAAAGGAAUGGAUAGAAAGAACUAAAUUCGAUUAUGGAGAAGGUAUUUCAACUAUAUGCCAAUUCGAACAACAAAUAGCUUUAAUUAAACAAUUAUUGGUUGUUAGAAGGCAUUUGUGUUCUGUUACUAUUACGGCUGAAGAAAUUAAAGAAAUUAAUUUGGUAUUAGCGGAUGUAAUAGACGCUGGAAAUAAUUUAUUAAAAUUAAAUAUGAAUAUAAGGGAUGAUUCGGGAAUUUAUGCAAAUUUAGAUGGUAAUUUUGAUUAAAAAUUAAAAAAUUAUUUUUUCAGAUUUUUCAAUAAUAACUUCAUAUAAAAAACACGAACAAAUGUCGGAACGUUUAAAUAAAAAUUCUAAACAAAUAAUUGACUCAUUU